AUGUCAGAAGUAGAAUCGUCGUUGGAUGGGCUCAACAAGAAGUAUUUGACCUUGGACGGUGCAAUUUCUACAGAUAAUGUUUUCCAAGAAUUGAAAAACCUGGCUGGUUUCCAAAGCAAUGUAAUUGCAGGCCACGCAUACAAUGUUGCAGGCUGGAGAUGGUAUGAUAAUCACGUAGCUUUGUUAGUCAAUUUGCUUAGAUUCUACGUUUUAUCCGAUCUCGACGAACGUUCUAAGCUAUCUACGGGUAAAUUUCCGGUGUAUGAUGAUGGACAUGUUAUCAUCGAUUUAAAUGAUACUUUGCCACUUGAAGAUAAGGCGAUUAACUGGACAUGGCCUGGUAGAAGGGUUGAUGAGAGUUACCCAUACUGGAAUCCAAUGACCGAAUUUUUGCCUGUCACCGAUGAUCCGCAUAUCGAUUGA